UGGUGGCGGAAGGAUUGUUCCGCCUUCAAAUGCGGUGCUCUCGGGUCCUCCAGUGGUGCACCACAAGCCUCUGCUUCGUUUUAGUGCUGCUCUUUGCUAUACGCACCUGGAAUCGGAAUGGCAUCUGGGCCUCCAGAGAGGCCCUUUUCGAAUCGGGCAUUAGGGACCUUCCGGAAAACGCAAAGAUGCAUUAUAAUUACGCCAACCUGCAGAAGGACAUCGGCAACUCGGACUUGGCGAUCAAACACUACAGGCUGGCAAUUGAGUUGUGGCCAGAUCAUGCCAGCGCUCACAAUAACUUGGGGACUGUGCUGACGUCAGCUGAAGAAUCUGAACGUCACUUCCGGUUUGCCUUGCACGUCAAUCCGAACCACCCAGGGGCCCAUUUUAAUCUCGCCAAUAUCUACAGCAAGCAAGGCCAGAAGGAGGUUGCCCGCACCCUCUUGGAGCGCGCCGUUGAGCUUGAUUCCGCUUUCUGCGAGGCGUAUUCAUCCCUUGCUGCACUGGCCGCCGAAGAAGGCGACAUCGCUGAAGCCGAGAGGCUUCACAAAAUGGCGUUAAGCAGUGACGACCGAAACGCCGACGCCCGGAACAACUAUGGAACAUUCCUGCAGUCAAUCGGACGCACCGAAGAGGCCGUGACGCAGUACCAACAAGCUCUCGAGAUUCAGAAAAAUCACACCGUGGCCCUCUUGAACGCAGCUAGAAGCCUUCGCAGCAUGAACCUGAAUAUGCAGGCCGAGAGCCUCUACAAGAGGGCCCUCGCUCUUGAGCCUGAUCCACAGGUGAUGGACAACCUUGCCGUGUUCUACGUGAAUGCCGGCCGUGUGAAUGAGGCGAGACAGCUGUUUGAAGAAAUUGAUCGGCUCUUCCCGGAACACCACGACAGCAAGGUUCACCAUGCUCAGCUUCUGAUUCGGCUCCGAACUUUUCGAGCAGCAGAGGACCUCCUUCUAGAAGUUAUCGAGAACAACAGCACCGACAGAGGGGCUUUGCACACGGCUGCCCUGUUGUACAACCACAUCAACCGUACAGUCGAGGCAUUGGAUUACAUAUUGAAGGCUCUGAAGCUCUGUGACGUUGAUGAGCGGCUGUGUGCAAGAAUUCACAGCGACCACGGUGACAUUCUCAAGGACCUGGGUGACCUUCACUCAUCAGCGCAGAGUUACGAAGUGGCCAUCCGCCUGGAUCCUGAUCUCGCUCAUGCUCAUCUGAACCUUGCUGUGAUCAGACACUUGGAGAAUGACUACAAAAGUGCAUUUCGACACUACCAAGUGGCCCUGUCUCUAGACCCUAAGAACAAACUCAUCACAGACAACAUGGCCAAGUUGAGACGACGUAUCACAAGACCACUGCCCUUCCAGUGACUGUGUAAAAUAGUAACUUGUCAUCAGAGUGCAUUUACAGAGCCACUUCCAAACAUCGACGUUUGGUAGCACCAUGUGAAGUGGAUUCACAAUGUACCACUUUGUACGUUUUGUAAGCUUUGUGAUCUAGCGUGAAAGUGUUCGGCGCAAUUCGCACUGUAAAGCUCGUCACCAGGAAUCAAAAUAGUAUCAGAGCUCGUCAUUGGGAAUUGAAAUGUUCCAGGCAUGUCUAUUGCGCAUACUGCUGCUUUGAAAUUUCCCGUGCCAUUAUGUGGUACUGAUGAAGUCAUCGCCAAACAGGCUCUGAGAUUUUGUGCUCGAAAUGCGAAUGCUGUUAACUUUGUAACCGAGCUGUUUUGGAAACCGUGCAGCUAUGCUGCCAUCAAUUCUCUUAAGCCUUGUGCAGUACAUCCGCUUCUUGGAACUCUAUGAUGCCACACAAUAAAAAUAUCAUGUGAUUAUGUUGUGAUCUUAUGAUCAUCUCAUGAUGCCAUGUUGCUGUACGAUGUUCGCAGCUUCAACAAAUUCGAAGCUUUUUUAUUGCUAGACUCCUGAAAAUUUUUCUUAUAUUGAAUUUCGCUGUCCCUAUAGUGCUAAAAAUAUUAGUGCACCAAGUUUCGACCACACGUUCCUGAAUGCGUGAUAGGAGUUAAAAUAUUAUUUUAGGUUUUUAACGUGCAUAUGAACGCAUGUGAAGAGCGACUGCGAUCAUGUUGUCGUGGAGGGGCUUGCUCAAGUUUACCAAGAAAACAAAAUAAAAUAGCAAGAAGCCAUAAGUUGCUGAAUGUGCCAUGUGUAUCACCCUAUAUGUAUGCCCGCUUCUUGUGACAACCUAUGUGAGUGUUUGGGGAAGAACACUACCACUUCUUCGAGAUGCAGCAUCAGACUAUGCAAACACGUGCCUAGACUUGUUAUUCUCCUUGAUGUUAGCGUGUGUGUCAAUCGUGGCGUAACUCUCUCAAAGUGUGACAAAUUCGCUCAGAUGUGGUUGUCGUGCACUGGAUCAUUGUGUGUGUUGUGUUAUGGAAGCUGACAUAUUAAAGGGGUACAGACACGAAA